GUGAUUAAUCUGAUAUGUGAAGAACAGGCACGCGUAUAAUAAACUGCGAAAUUACAAAACAAUUAACACUCGUUGUUUCAUUUCCGCUCUUUUAACUAUUAAUUCACUUCACUCGACUCAACUCCGAAACUCUUUCCGUUUUCUCUCCUCUUCCUCUCAGAAAAACAAAUAAAAUCCUCGUUUUGCCUUUUGUUUUAAUAUACUCACCAAAACCUAGGUUUUUUUAUUUUAUUUUAUAUAUUUUUAUAAGUUAGGUUAAGAGACAAAGUGACAAACACUAAUUUCAGAAGAGAAGAUAUUUCUCCUCUCUCUAUUUCUUUUAAAUGGGGGAGCCGCCGGAGGGUCAGUUGAACGGUGUCGUAUCAGGGGGAGGAGCUGGAACCAUGUUGGUACCUUCAUCUGAGACCGUUGGAUCAAAGCGUCAGCGAAGGCCAAGCGUCAGAUUAGGUGAUAUUGGUGGUGACCUCCAUCACCACCAACCGUACGAUUCGCACGUUAGAAGAACCACCCUCGGCGCCACCACUACCACCGUCGCCAACUCCAACAAACAAUUCAAGCACCAUCAUAUGACUGCUCUCGAUCACAAAAGAGAGGCAAGUAAGUCUUCGAAGACUCGAGCUUUAACCAAUUUAAGUGCGAAUUCUGGUGAAUUGACUGAAACCCUAGAUGAAAAUCUUGAUAGUAUUGCAAGUGGGAGCUGGAAAGUAAAGGAUUCGAAGAAACGAGGAUCUGCGAAGAGGGUUAGGUCUAAUUGGGUAUCCAAAAACAAUGAAACCCUAGGGGAUAAAAAUAAUAAUAACAAUAGCAACGAUAAUGUUAAUAACCACUUUGAAGGAGACGAAAAAUAUAGCGGAGGAGAUGAUAUGGAAGAUGGGUAUCGUGGCUUUGAUAUGGAAAACUCGGAGAGUCCUUUAAAAGAACACAGCCCUGUUCAUUCUCUCGAGAAUUUAGCGGUUGACGGGCAUGAAAGGGAGGUUCUUUAUUACAAUAGGAGAGGAGUCAGGAGUAAUAGGGAAGUGAAUGAUGGGGUGGAGUUGUCUGGGCCGUCUGAUAAUGAUGUAAGGGAUUGGAAUAGGAGUGGGAGUGAAGAUGGAGUGAGGAUUUGGUUGAAUAGUUUAGGGUUGGGGAGAUACGCACCAGUUUUUGAGAUACAUGAGGUAGAUGAUGAGGUAUUGCCAAUGUUGACAUUGGAGGAUUUAAAGGAUAUGGGGAUAAAUGCUGUAGGGUCGAGGAGGAAGAUGUAUUGCGCGAUACAGAAGCUGGGAAAAGGGUUUUCGUGAAGUUUUGGUUGGUGGGAUUGUAGUAUUUGAGGAAAUAUUUAGUUGUCAGCCAUGGCAAUGUAAGGUGCAAUGCAAUGUCUGAACUACUUUGAGCUUUUUAGGUUUUUUUUUUCCUAAUGUGGUUCUAGUAGUAGUUUUUUUUUUUGGAAUAGUUGGCUCAUUUCUUAGUGGUUUUAAUUGUGCUCUAUAUAAAUGUUUUAAUCCAGUGCGAUUUUCUAGUAUAUAGUAUUAUGAUGGGAUUUGCUGAAGUAUUUUUGGUUAUGAAUGCUGAUAAGUUUGGUCUAAUAUGAGGAAUAUAUCUAGUUUCAUAUGGUUUUUGGGGAGAAUGAAGAGAAGGAACAUGCUUAAGAAGGGAGCUAAUAAACUAUUUUCAAGUAUUUUCCUUUCUCAUUCUUUCCAACUGUGAAAUGAAAUAUUGUUGGAGAACUAACUUGUUCAAGUUAGAUAUGAUUUUCUCAUUCAUAAGGAAAGUUUUAGCUUAAUUGAAGCCAUUAAACGUUGAGUGGCAUCCCUGUGCUCUGAUUAUGAGAGUUAAGUAUCUAAUUAGAUGUAAAUAAGAUAUUGUUUUAUUUUGUCAUACUUUGAGCAAGCUAUCUAUAUUAAACAGUUGUGGAAAUUAAUAUUCUGCUGUGCCUAUCAUGUUAAAACAACUUCAAUGGUGUCUAUAUCCCCAUCUCAUCUAAUUUGAUAUCGUUGGACCCAUAUCAACUUAGUUAGCCUGCAAUUCUGUGUUCACCAUGGAAGUAGUGGCUACAACAUUUGAUUUUUGAUGACUGACUUUUGUUCAAGAGGUGCAUGUAAUGUUUAGAUGAUAUUUAUUUAUGGUACUUCAAUUAGGAGUUAUAUGCAUAUAUUUAGUAUUUGUGGUUAUUUGGGAGAGAAUAUGUAUGAGGGAACAAACAUUUUGUGCAACUCUUUUUUGACAUUGAGAAACACAUCUUAGACGCUCUAUAAUACAAAGGUUCCCAUCAUGUUGGGGAUGUACUUCUGGAAGUUGUCAUCAAUUAACUUUGUUAGCUUGUAUUGGAUCCCAUCUCACCAAAUUUGGAACUUGGAACUUUGUUAGUAGUCAACGCUGAUAAUAUAGGAAAGCUUUGGUAUGGCCAUCCAAGUGUUUAAAUAUACUAAGAUGCUAUAGUCAGUUUCCUGAUCAUCUUCCUGGAAGAAGGAUUAUUGAAUCUUUGAGGUUUGAAGAUGCAGAGCAAUUUUGAAAACCCAAAUUUUGCUUUUUCUUUGAACUCUCUUUUGAUAGCUGCAUUUGAUUUUUUCUUUUAAGAAGUAUAGGUUUAUCAAAAAAUG